UUAUAUUUUUUGUUCAGUGUAGUUGAAUUUCAUGCACACUUUUCCACAAUACAUUGGAAAUUAUGCCUUCUCCCUACAGUUUUCAGCGAUUAACUUUGCCCACGACUGGCUCAUGCGACUCUGUGUUUGAAUGUAAAUAAUCAUUGCUUGCGAUACGGCUAUGGAAACAAUUGGCCCUCAUCUUUAUUCAAAACAUAUGGGCCUUCUUUCAUCGUGAAAGAAUCCUUCAAAUAAAAAAUAUACGCUUACUGUAAUUAGCAGUUUUGCACAGAUCCAUACAACUGUGACUUUAUGACCAACAUUAUCCUAUUUAUACUUUAGUAAAUCUCGACACUAGAAUUAAUGUUUCUAACUCAUAUCGAUGCCACACAGGCUGUUUAAAACCAGAUCAUUUGGUUCUAAGGGGCAGAUGACAUUUAUUUUAACCACAUACUCUUUAAGCUACGAGGCCAACCAAUAAGAUCCUUUCUCUUCAGUAAAGGAGAGGCCAAGGGCUUAAUAAGAAGUGAUUUUUAUUUAUUUUUAAAUGGCAGGAGUUGUGGAACAGGGAGGAGAAGGGAAGACACCUGUAUAAGAUCCAGGAAAAGGUGGGGGAGGUCCUCAGGUCAAGAGAAGGAAGGAAAGUCUAAUCACAAGGCUGAGACUCAUAAGACUCAACAGCACUUUGAAAUCAGUAGGGAAACAUCCAACUGGAAAGUGUAAUCACUGCCAGGAGAUGGAGACAGUGGAACGCGUUCCAUUUCAGUGGCAGCGAUAUGGGAGGCAAAGAUACAAUUUGCUAUUAGGAAUAAUGGUAUUGAGGAGUUAAAUAUAUUUAAAAAAAAAUUAAACCUUACGCUGAUAUUGUAUUAAUUUAUGUAUUCCGUUUCCUUGGGGAGAAGGCAGGGUUUGAUUGGGUAGAGUUCAACUUCAGACACGUUCCCUGUCGCUGGUUCACAUUCCAGUCCAGUUGGUGGAGGUAAUGCAUGACUAAAGUUGAUUGCCAACCGCCAUUUAAAACCACAGAAGUGUAAACGGAAGUGAACAGUGACCAAGAACAACUUCAACGUUAGCGGUUUUAUUAGUUAUAUAUAUUAAUUAACACACGACCUCAAAACAUGACUUAACUACACAGCAUUACAUACUUAUCCCAGGUAGUCUUUAAUUCGUGUCGGAGACAGGACUUGGGUGAUACAUCUGUUAUCUAGGUAACGCUAACUAGCUGCUAACUAUGGUUUUUCACACUCAAAUAGCCUUCAUUAUGGAGGUGCUAGCGAAUGCAGCCGUGGCAGAGAUCUGUAAACUCGUAGACGACGACUAUGCAGUGUUUCGUUUGGAAAUAACUCAAAGCCAGAAAUAAAACAGGGCAUUGCAGAGGAAACUACAGAAACUCGAAUUGAAGGUGGAGCGUGCAGAGAGGAGAGCGCGUCCUUACCAGUCGUCCCAGUAGUGUCAAGAUCCUCGACCGAUAUACAGGAAUGGCAAGAGGUGAAGGACAUCUCACUGGAGGCCACAGAAGCUUUGUGAAGCCAGUGGGACACAAUACAUGGCGCGAUGACCAACCAAUCACUGUUGAGGGGAGUGGAACCUCAACCCAGCACGUUAUUGUGAUAGAGUCUGCAGAGGCUGCAGGUCCUGGGGUGAAGCAGGAGACGUCUGAAAGAGAGGAGGACCGACGGCACAGCAGAGACAUCCAGACUGGAGAAGCUCCUGGAGUGGUGCUCCCUGUAGCCACUGGGGACCUCGCCAACGUGCCCCAGGCCAGGUCCCGAUGCAGCAUCACGGAGGAGGAAGAGAGUCCAGAGGUGCUGCUGGUGAAGGAGGGGUGUGAGGAGGGUCUGGGGAACCCUGAGGGGACCAUGGUCAUGGAGGACAACCAGACUACACCUCCUCCUGAACCCACAGAGGAACCAGCUGAGCAGCACAGGACCACACACAGUCUCACUGAGUCAGUAGACAUGGAGGAUGGGAUGCCUGAUCUGCUGCUAGUCAAAGAGGAGACAAUAGAAGAUGGACCAGAGAGCAUUGAUCUGCUGAGUGGACUAAAGAUGGGGGAGCAAGGUGGUUGGCUGGAGGCUAACACAGGAGACUGGGCAGCCAUCUUGGAUUCCCAGACACAGACAGGUGCAGCCCAGGGGACAACAUCACUGAGCAGUCUGCAGUCCAUGAGGACCUGCUGAUAACUGGUGUUCCUGGCGGGAGAGACCGGACCCUUGAGGCGGCUGGUCACAAACCCUGGCCCCGGAUCAGGAGCCGUCACACUUCCUUCGCGAGUCGGAACCAGGACCCAAACGCAAUCGACAGAGACCCCACCACCACACAGAAUACAACCAGUGAACAGGUGGACUGAACAACCUCAGUCCUGGUGGUCAUCAGAUAGACAGAGGCUCCAGUCAGGGAUCCAGUCUGCAGCCCAGACCCUUCUCUUCACAGUCUCAGUGCAGGGAUGAAGCAGGGCCUGGGGCUGAUAGAGAUAGACCCUCCUGUUCCUAUGAUACAAACACCACAGUAUCCAUGAUGAACAGAGCAGGUCACCCUGGGCUUCAGCCUUCACAGAGAGUGGUGGGAGACCACCCUGAUGGGAGUCUAACAGGAAGUCUUUCUCCUUCAAGAUCUCCUCUAAUGCCUGGCGACUGGGUUCAUAGAAGGUCUGGGUCUAGCCUUCCUCAGCUGCCUCAUGGUUAUCCCACCAAUACAGACAGGGUCAGGAUGGGCUUUCACCAUGAUAGGUACCUAGCCUAUAACACUGAAGACAAUCCCAACAACACCCAAACAAUGGCUAGAGGUCAAGCAGGGAGCUCAAUGACUAAGGGAGCUCAAAGGGUGGUGGCUCCUGCUUCUACCUCCUCUGGUGUCAUUGGGUCACAACGUGGGAGGCCGAGCAUUAGGACGGACGCCGACAAGCCAUACGCCUGCCCCACGUGUGGGAAGUGCUUCGCUGAGGCGAACUAUGUGAAGAAGCACCAAACUGUUCAUACCAAGGAGAGGCCUUUCAAGUGCAAACUAUGUUACAAGAGCUUCUCCUUCCAGAGUAACCUUAUCAAACAUAGGAGUGUCCACAAUGGGGAGAAAUCAUAUCAGGGUGGCCUGAGAUGUACACAGGGGAUAUCUGAGAACCAUUCUUUAGCUGACAUAUUAUGCGAAGUGUCUUGGGGUAAGAUUUUUUUUGAUUGCUAAGUCCCUCAUUUAAACAGGAUCGGUGUCCCCCCUGCGUGACGGGUGAGCUAAUGUGAUUAGCAUGAGGUUGUAAGUAACAAGAACCUGUCCUAGGACAUCUGAUAUGGGCAGAAAGCUUGUUUUCUUGUUAGUCUAGCUGCACUGUCCAAUUUACAGUAGCUAUUACUGUAAAAGAAUACCAUGCUAUUGUUUGAGGAGAGUGCACAGUUAUGAACUUGAAAAUGUAUUAACAAACCAUUUGGGCAGACUUGAUACAGCAUUUGGCAGAAAUGCAAUGGUUCAUUGGAUCAGUCUAAAACUUUGCACAUACACUGCCAUCUAGUGACCAACAUUUAAAUUGCGCCUAAACUGGAAUAGUACAUUAUGGCCUUUCCGUUGCAUUUCAAAGAUGAUGAAAAAUAAAAUGGAUGUAUUUUUCUUUGUA